GGAUGUGAAAAGUUUCAACAUUUUACACAAAGACGAAUGAAUGGUUAUUCACGAACCAACUUGUUGGUGAAGGAUUUUGAAGAGUGUAAGAAAUUAUGUGCUGAAGAUAAGAAUUGCCCUGCAGCUGGAUUCAAUACUGCAAACAAAUAUUGCUAUUUGUACUUUGAAACGAGAAAAACUAAACCUGCUUCGUUUAUCAUUACUGCUGGAUGGGAAUACAUCCAUAAAAAUUGCAACGAGACAACAAGAGAUAAUUGUACUUUUGAGAGACAGCCAUCUCGAUAUUUGAGUGGAAACGAUAGAGUGUCUGUCAGCGGACAAACAGAAGAGUCAUGCAGAAGACUUUGUGAAGAGGAUGAUGUUCAUAAUUGCCAAGCGGCUGACUUUAAUUCCAAUAAUGGCUAUUGUUAUUUGAAUAAAGAAACGAAAGAUUCGAAGCCUGGCUCGUAUGUUUACGGAAGUGGUUGGGUUUAUCUUUACAAGAGCUGCAAAGCUGAAGUUGUUGCUGGAUGUAAAAAGUACCGAGUUUUUCCGAAGCGAGUUAUGUCAAGUUUUGUCAUAGCAACACUCACAAAGCAAACUAACGAGACAUCUUAUGCCUUUUUCCCGAAUAAAAACACCUGCACUCUCUAUUCGGAAUCAAAAGAUACGAAAUACAAUUAUUUUAAAGCUGAUAUCACCGCCAUUUAUAAUCUUAAAACUUGUAAAGAAGAGAAAGUUUGCAAAGAAUUUGAAGUUUUCAACUCGAGAUACAUUUACAGCAAUUACCAAACCAACUUUGUUGCAACAUCUUUGGAAGAGUGUCAAGAUGUUUGCGCUGCCGAUAAUGGUUGCUUGUAUGUAUUGUCAGCUGAUUUCAAUGGAGCUAACAAGUAUUGUUAUCUAAGUACCACAAAUAUUAACAAAAAGAAAGCUUGGCGUAUUGGUGCUGGUUGGACCUAUUUACACAAAAAUUGCGGCUUGAAGCGUCAAACCAACUGUACGUUCGUUGAAUACAAGGGAAGAUAUCUGUAUAAUUUAUAUAAGGAAUCUAUUGGUGGACAAACUAGCGAAAGUUGUAAGGAGCUUUGCGAUCAAGACGUUAUCAAUCAUUGCAAAUCCUCCAACUUCGCUAUAUCAUCUAAAACUUGCUAUUUGAACUACGAGAGUAAAACGACUAAACCGAACGUUUUCUACGGUUCCGAUAAUUAUAUAUAUUGGCAUAAAAAUUGCGGAGAAGAAGAAGGUUGCAAGAAAUUGAUUGAAUAUCCUAAGAGAUAUUUGAAUGGAUUUGAUCAAGCAACGAUUAAUAAGCUAUCUUUGGAGGAAUGUAAAUCAAGGUGUAUUUUGGAUUCUGCUUGUAAAUCUGCCGAUUACGAUACAAAAAGUCAAACCUGUCGUCUAAGUCUGUUCAAUAAAGACGACAAACCCGGCGAACUCAGAGUAUCAAAUGACGUAAUCUACUUGGAGAAAUCUUGUAAAAAACCCGAAAAACUUUGCGAUAAGUUUGAAGAGUACCAAUCAAGAUAUCUGGUUGGAAAUGAUCAACACUCAGCAGCAGGCAUAACGAUCGAUGAAUGUAAAAAGUUCUGCGCUGAAGAUAAACAUUGCUUAUCUGCUGAUUAUCACACACCUUCUAAAACAUGCUAUUUUAGUCUUUCGAGUAUAGACAAACAAGGAAAAUCUUGGGCUUUAGAUUCCACUAGAAUAUAUCUUCAUAAAACUUGCGUACCGAGAGAAAAAUCCAAUUGCACAUUUGUCGAACAUAAAUCGAGAUAUUUAAACAGUCUCUAUAAGGAGUAUGUUGCUGGACAGACGAAAGAAAGUUGUAAGGUUCUAUGCGAGCAGGAUGUUGUAAACAAUUGCAAGUCAGCUAAUUACUAUAAUAAGUAUUGCUAUUUGAACUACGAAAGUAAGGAUACGAAACCAAAGAGUUAUCUUGCCGGUGUGGGAUAUACUUAUUGGGACAAAAAGUGCUCGAAUGAAGAUGUCUGUAAGACAAUGAUUGAGUACAAGUACCGAUACAUUUCCGGUUACAAUCAUGUUUGUCUCAACAACCAAAAUCUUCAGGAUUGCAAAGACUAUUGUAUCGAUGACAAAGCUUGCUUAUCAGCCGAAUAUUACACGAACAAUAAGCAAUGCUGUCUCAGCCACGAGAGUAAAGAUACACAGCCGAAAUCCUAUAUCGCCUCUCCUACUGUUAUAUACCUACAAAAGAGUUGUAAAAAUGAAACUAGUUGCAAAAAAUUCGAAAUUUUCAAUAGUCGAAGAGUAACUGGCUACGAUCAAACAUCUGUUGUUCUUCCUACUAAGGAGAGCUGCCAGAAACUUUGCGCCGAAGAUAAAAAUUGCCCGUCUGCCGAUUACGAUAUCGGUGGAAAGAAGUGCUAUAUCAAUAAGGAAACCAAGAAUACAGUUCACGCCAACUUUCAUACUAUUAAAAAUUGGAUCUACUUCCAUAAGACAUGCGAAAAUGAGACACGUUGUACAACCUUCGAAGAAUAUCCAUUUAGAUAUAUUAAUGGUCUAGAUCAAACUUCAAUUGCUGGACAAACUAAGGAAAGUUGCUGGGCACUAUGCAGUCAGGAUAAGGAUUGCCCAUCGGUCGACUAUGUUGCAAGCACUAAAACAUGCUAUUUAAAUUCAGUAACUAAGGAUACUAAACCAGCAAGUUGGUUAUUAAGUAAAUCAUAUACAUAUCUGCAUAAGAGCUGCAACAUUCAACCUGACGAUGGUUGUAAAUUUGAGGAAAUUAAAUCUACUUAUCUAUCAAGUCUUGACUCUAGUUGGAUACAUGGUCUAACUAGUGAACAAUGUAGAGAUCUAUGCAAAAAGGACGAUGUAUUAAAUUGCACGUCUGCCGACUAUAACACUGGGAAUAAAUGGUGUUAUCUAAAUAAGGGUUCAAAGGAUACACAUCCUGCAAAUUACAUAUAUAAUAAAGACUUUGUUUACUGGCAUAAAGAUUGCGAUAAUAGACCAGUAUGCAAGAAAAUGAUUGAAUAUAAAUAUAGAUACAUAAGUAAAGCAAGCUUCGUAUUCCCAUCAAUUAGCGGUCAAACAGCCGAUAAAUGCUCGAAUGAUUGUGCAGACAACAAGGCAUGCUUAUCUGCUUCGUUUAAUUCAAAGACAAAGGUUUGCUAUCAUAGCUUCCAUAAUAAAGAUACAGUUUAUAAAGAAUAUAAAUUGGGAGUUGAUUGGACAUAUUUCCAUAAAUCUUGUACAGAAGAGCAAAAAUGCAAAAAUAUGGAAAAGUUCGAAUAUAGAUAUCUAACGGGCACAGACGGUUUAUCUGUAAAGGUUAAUACGGUAGAGGAAUGCGAGAAGAUAUGCUUUGAAGACAAGGAAUGCCCAUCGGCUAAUUAUCUUACAACUACAAAAGUUUGCUAUUUAAAAACCUCUGAUAAAGACAAAUCACCAAAUAACUAUAAAGCACAUGCCAAGUAUAUCUACAUCCAUAAAUCAUGUUCAAAAGAGAAUAGAUGUUCCCAAUUCGAAAAGUUCGAAUCACGUUAUAUAAGAUCAAAUGAUUGGACCUAUCUUUCAAGUCAAACUGAAGAAAGCUGCCAAAAACUCUGUUCACAAGAUAUUAAAUGCCACUCGGCUGAUUUUAAUCAUGUCCGGAAAGUUUGCUAUUUGAACAAAGGAGAGAUAAAUUCUAUACCUAAGACUUGGGCCCUAGAUAACAACUAUAUUCUUUUAUUAAAGAACUGUAAACCAUCCACAACGAAAGAAUGCAAAAUGGUGAAAUAUAAAGAAAAGUUCCUGAGAAGUUUCGAUAAGGAAACUGUUAGAGGACAGACUGAAGAGAGCUGUAUGAGAUUGUGCCUGAACGAUAUUGUCAAUAAUUGCCCAUCCGCUGAAUAUAAUAAAAACUCCAAAAUAUGUUAUCUCAACUAUGAAACAAAGGAUACAAAGCCUCAAAAUUAUAAAUCUUCCACUAUCUACUCCUAUUUCCAUCGUGAUUGUUCAGAUGGUGUUAAAUCCGUUUUGCAGUUGGAGAAUAGUAGAGAAGAAGAAGAAGAAAUUAUGGACGAACUUGAAUUGAGAGUUUUUAGAAAGAAAAGAUCUGUUUUUGUUGAAAAUGUUGAAAUGAACAGCACAUUAAUGGAAUCGUUGAAAAAUCACGAAAUAUUUAAUAGCGAGGAAUGUACUGCAAUUAUGAAUGAAAGAACGCAAAAUUCAAAAGUUAUGAAAUUUUAUGAACUUUUAACAACAAGUUCAAAGAAUGGCCUCUUUGAACAAAUUUGCAUGGCAUUAAUGAGAUCUUACCCGUGGUUAUCUAAGGAAUUACAAUCCGAUUUAAAGAACGAAAGGGGUAAUUUGGUUAUUGAUCAAGAUGUGCAAAAAGAAGCUUCCAUGCUUGUUCACAGAAAAUUCGGCACCAGUAGAAGAUUAUCGGAGUUAGAAAAGAAAGAAAUACAAGAUAUGAUUGCUCUUAAAAUACAAAUUUCUAAAGAAGAAUGGAGAACCGAAUUACAAGAACUUAGAGACGAACUUGACCAUCAGUCGGCAUUGGAGAAUUUAAAGAAGACUAAGUUGUCGGAAAUUGCGAAAACUUUAACAAAGUUUAUUAAAGAUAAUAAGGAUGCUCUGUCGAAUAACGCACACGAUAUGGAAUCGACAACUCAACUUUUACAAUCAGCAUCGGACGACGAGGACCCUCUAUCUCUUAUUAGAAAGGAGCUAAUGCUUAUUCUAAAGAGAUUUAAUGGAGUAAUUCUUGAAAAGAAAAUCUUGAGCGAAGAUAGGGAGAAAUGUCUCAAGGCAUUGAAUCUUCCAACCGACACUCCUUCUCUAAAUGAGAUAUUAGACAACGAAUUUACGUCACAAAAGAAGAAAAUAUCGACUUUGGAGAGUGAAUUAUUAGAAAAGGAAAAGACGUUGAAGCAAACGACAAAGGCUAAAUGGGAUCUCGAAGAUUCAAAUAGAGAAAUGAAUGAGAAAAUGACUAAAAUGAAAAAUGAGCUUUCCGAUAAAACCGUUAAGCUAAUGAAUUUUCAAGAAGACAUUAGAAACAAACAAAUUGAAAUUGAUGAAUUAAAAAAGAAUGUUGGCCAAAACCAACUGGAGAAUGGGGCGGUAACCAAUCAAAGCAGACCCCAGUUAACUAGGCCUAAAAGUAAAAGUAAACUCAAUUCGAAGUAA